GCGCGGUCCAACCAAACUCUUGCAGAAUCAUUCUGCCGUCACGCCUGGGCGGGAUCUCCAGUGCCCAAUGAUCCGGCGCGGCGCCAUUGCGGGAGCCAAUGGGCGCACGGCGGUGGGGGCGGCAGCGGCGGCGGCGGCGCCGUCGGGUUUGGCUGGACAGAGAGGGCGCUUGAGGAGACGGAGCGAGGGGGACUUCGAGGAGUUCAAGCGCCUUCACUUCCUCAUCUCCUCACCUUGCUCAUCUCUGGUCCUUAUCUCCCUCCCCUGCUCGCUGCCGAUCCCCGUGUCGCCACGCUCCCGCCCCCGCUCCGGCGGAAAGGCCCUCAUGGCUCCCCAAAAGCACGGAGGCGGCGCGGGGCCCAGCUCGGCUGCUCCUAGCGGAGUGGGAGGCGCCGUCGCUGCCACUGCCACGAGCGGAGGUGCUGCCGGUGGAUUUGGCGGCUCUACCUCAGCCGCCGCGCCGGGCGGUAAAUCCGGUGGCGCUGUCGGCGGAGGUGGCGGCAGCAGCGGUUAUUCUGGCGGCAGCGGCGGCGGCGGGGGUUCCUCGGCGUCCUCAGCGGCGGCUGCUUCGGCGGCGGCCCUUCCCCCGGUGAAAAAGCCGAAGAUGGAGCAGAUCCAGGCCGACCACGAGCUCUUCCUUCAGGCCUUCGAGAAACCAACACAAAUAUACAGAUUCCUACGUACCCGCAAUCUUAUAGCUCCAAUAUUCUUGCACAGAACUCUUACUUAUAUGUCCCACAGAAACUCCCGAACAAACAUAAAAAGGAAAACAUUCAGAGUAGACGGGAUGCUGACGAAAGUAGAGAAAACAAAGGGAGAACACGACUUGCAAAGUUUGUCUGCUCAUCUGCAACUCACUUUUACUGGUUUCUUCCAUAAAAAUGAUAAGCCAUUGCAAAACUCAGAAAAUGAACAAAGUUCUGUAACUCUGGAAGUACUGCUUGUAAAAGUUUGCCACAAGAAACGAAAGGAUGUUAGUUGUCCAAUAAGGCAAGUACCUACUGGUAAAAAGCAGGUACCGUUGAAUCCAGACCUCAACCAAAUGAAACCAGGCAACUUUCCAUCACUUGCAGUUUCCAGCAAUGAAUUUGAACCCAGUAACAGCCAUAUGGUGAAGUCUUACUCAUUAUUAUUUAGAGUAACUCGUCCAGGAAGAAGAGAAUUUAAUGGGAUGAUAAAUGGUGAAACUAAUGAAAACAUUGAUGUUAAUGAGGAGCUUCCAGCUAGAAGAAAACGCAAUUCUUCCAACCGUGAAGAUGGGGAAAAGACUUUUGUAGCACAAAUGACUGUAUUUGAUAAAAACAGACGGCUGCAACUGCUUGAUGGAGAAUAUGAAGUAGCCAUGCAAGAAAUGGAUGAGUGUCCAGUCAGCAAGAAAAGAGCAACAUGGGAGACUAUACUGGAUGGGAAGAGGCUGCCUCCAUUUGAAACAUUUUCUCAGGGACCCACACUUCAGUUUACCCUUCGAUGGUCAGGAGAGGCAAAUGAUAAACCUACAACUCCUACAGCUAAGCCCCUUUCAACACGGAAUUCAGAAAGUCUUCCUCAAGAAAACAAGCCCAGCUCUGUUAAACCUACACAGACUAUAGCUGUAAAAGAACCUUUGCCACCAGACCUUCAGGCAAGAAAAGAAAGGGAUGUUCCAAAUGAGUCUCGACAGAAACUGAGAAUAUUUUAUCAGUUUCUGUACAACAACAAUACAAGGCAGCAGACCGAAGCUAGAGAUGACUUGCAUUGCCCUUGGUGCACGCUGAACUGUCGUAAACUUUACAGCUUACUCAAACAUCUCAAGCUAUGUCACAGCCGGUUUAUUUUCAAUUAUGUGUAUCAUCCAAAAGGUGCUAGGAUAGAUGUUUCUAUCAAUGAAUGUUAUGAUGGCUCCUAUGCAGGAAAUCCUCAGGAUAUUCAUCGUCAGCCUGGGUUUGCAUUUAGUCGUAAUGGGCCAGUCAAAAGAACACCAAUUACACACAUUCUUGUAUGCAGACCAAAGCGUACAAAAGCUAGCAUGUCUGAGUUUCUUGAAUCUGAAGAUGGCGAAGUGGAACAGCAAAGGACAUAUAGCAGUGGGCACAAUCGAUUAUACUUCCACAGUGAUACAUGCUUACCUCUCCGUCCACAAGAAAUGGAAGUUGAUAGUGAAGAUGAAAAGGACCCCGAGUGGCUAAGGGAGAAAACGAUCACGCAAAUUGAAGAGUUUUCUGAUGUUAAUGAAGGAGAGAAAGAAGUGAUGAAACUAUGGAAUCUACAUGUUAUGAAGCACGGGUUUAUUGCUGACAAUCAAAUGAAUCAUGCCUGUAUGCUGUUUGUUGAAAAUUAUGGACACAAAAUAAUUAAGAAGAACUUAUGUCGAAACUUUAUGCUUCAUUUGGUCAGUAUGCAUGACUUUAAUCUUAUAAGCAUAAUGUCAAUAGACAAAGCUGUUACUAAGCUUCGAGAAAUGCAACAGAAGUUAGAAAAAGGAGAGUUUACUGCUACCACAACAACUGAGGAGAUUUCUGAAGAACAAACUGGGAUAACUAAUGGCUGCAGUGAAACUAACACUAGGGAGAGACCUUCGGAAAUGGAUACUAUCUCAUGCAUGACAAAACAAAAUAGAAAACAGAAGAUCUGAAAAGAAGAGUAAAGGGCAUUCAACGGACAAAUACUGAAAUGACAUUUUAAGAUGCAUGAACUAUGUAAGGAAAGAUGCACAAGGUUCCUAACAGGCACUGCUGGAAACAAUGGAUUUCAACAAGGAUAGUGUUAAUAUGGUUCCUAUUGAGUUAAUUAUGCAAGUGCUACAUGUAUAUCAGUUCUAGUGAUGUAAUGACAAUACUCAAAGUUUGAGCAUGAAGAGCAAUACAAUUUUUGGGAAUUUUAAUUAUGAAUUGUACUGAAUUUACAUAACUUCAGUAUAUGUAAACCAGUUUUGAUAUAAAGAUUUUUUGCAUCUGUACUGGCUGUCUUUCCUACCAUGGAAUUAAAAAUUAGGGAAAGAGAUUAGGACAGUUUAUGAUUCGUACUUAAACAUUCUUUAGGUUAACUUUUUGUGGCAAAGUACGUGCCAUUUAAAGUUUACCUUGAUCUUUUUUGUUUUUAUAAAUAAGUGUCAAACUACAGAUUGCAAAUUUUUAAACACACUUUUUAAACAUUCAGCUGUAACAUAGCACUUCUUUGUCUCAUGUCUGUUUGGAAAAACCUUUCCUUUUCUCUUUGCAAACACAGGGAAAUACUAAUUGUGACCGUAGUCCAAAAGAGUUUGUAGAUAAUAGAUCACCAGGUAUACUAGAUCAAAACUUUUACCUACUUAAGCAGAACUGUUUAGAUAUGUAUAAUGGAAUGCUGUGUUAACACCUAGAAAUACUGAAGGCUAUGGUGGGCAGUGCCUGGAUAUGUGCUUAUUUUGCCUAUAUACAGACUGCAAGAUCAAAGCAUGGAGUUAAGAGAAUUUUUGGAUGCCACUUUUGAGGGGGAAGUGCACUGUAAAAUUAGGCCAGAAAAUGUGUUGCACUUAUGCAAGUAUUCUGUCAUGUAUUGCAUUCAAUACAGAUGCUAACUAAAUAGUCUUGUGCAGUCUUGCACUGCUGUUAACACAUUUUAUGCAUAUGUUUACAGAUUUUCUUUUUUCCAAUGGAAAGUAGUUUCACUACUGGUACAGUAUCAGCACCAAGGGUUUAUUCCAGCAAGCACUGUGGCUGAGUGACAUCACCUCAUUUUUUAAAUUCUUAAAUAGUUCAUUUCUCAUAUUCUUUAUUUAUAAAGGAUUGAUUAUGUAAAUACAGGUAUUGCUAUUUUUUUUUAUUUCAUUCCACCACCGCAAGAAGGCAGUUUCUUGUUUUUUGUUCGGGGUGGGGGAGAAGCUUUUUAAUGGUUUUUUCCAGAAAUUUAUAAAACUGUAAAUACUGACUUUGGUCCCUAAAGAUGUGUUUAACUGUGAGACUAUUUAACUAAUGGUGUGGCUGUGAUUUGUCAUCCAGUAUUAAGUUCUUGGUCACAGAUUUGUGUCAAUAGGAAAGAGGGAGACGGCAGCUUUCAUUAGACUUCUUGAUUUUUCUGCUCUGAGUUGUAGCAAACUCUUACUACACAUAAAUAGCUGGUCAAGCAUUUCUCUUGAGCUUUUAUUUGCUAAAGCUGUGCACAUAUGUAAAAAUAUAUAUUUUAGGAGAGAUGUAGUUCUAGAUCUAUUGCUUAUGUCACUUCUUAAGCAGUCGCGCUCUUAAUGCUUAAAAGGAGGCUAGCAUUGUUUGCACAAAAAGUUGGUGACCCCCAAAAAUAGUAAUGAAAUUACUUCUGUCCAGUAAACUUUGUAUGUCAUGUCCAUUUAUAAUAAAAACUGAGAAUCCCUUUGUUUCUAUUUAUAAUAAAGAUGGAUUUUCUAUAUGUACCCUUAAUGACUCUUUCAAGAAAUCAUGUAAACUGGGUGAACAUUUGAAUGGUACAGUAGAUAUAAAGAGAAGUGUUUAAUGGACCUUUUUGUUUUUACAUUAAAUGUUUAUUUGAAAUUGGAUUUUGUACAUAAAGUUCAAUAAUAUAAAAUCUG